AGACGUGUCUGCAGCUGACACGCCGGAGCCGCCUUCCCGGAGCGGCGCUGAGGCGGCUGAGGCGGCUGAGGGCGGCGGCGUGGGGCGGCGGCGGCCGGGGCCGGGAGCGGGGGCAGCGGGCGGCCCAGCCAUGGCCGAGUCCGCGGUGGAGCGGCUGCAGCAGCGCGUGGCGGAGCUGGAGCGGGCCCUGGCGCAGGAGAGGGGCCGGCAGGCGGGGGCGGCCGGGGGCGGCCGCAGCCGCAUCGACAAGAUGAGCUCCGAGGUGGUGGACUCCAACCCCUACAGCCGUCUGAUGGCACUGAAACGAAUGGGAAUUGUCAGCGAUUAUGAGAAAAUCCGCACCUUUGCUGUAGCAGUAGUAGGUGUUGGCGGAGUCGGCAGCGUGACGGCUGAAAUGCUGACAAGAUGUGGCAUUGGCAAGUUGCUGCUCUUCGACUAUGACAAGGUGGAGCUGGCCAACAUGAAUAGACUGUUUUUCCAACCUCACCAGGCGGGACUGAGUAAGGUCGAAGCAGCAGAGCAUACCUUGAGGAACAUUAAUCCUGAUGUUCUUUUUGAAGUGCACAAUUACAAUAUCACUACAGUAGAAAACUUUCAACAUUUCAUGGACAGAAUAAGUAAUGGUGGGAUAGAAGAGGGAAAACCUGUUGACCUUGUUCUCAGCUGUGUGGAUAAUUUCGAAGCCCGAAUGGCAAUAAAUACGGCUUGUAAUGAACUGGGACAAACGUGGAUGGAGUCGGGGGUCAGUGAGAAUGCAGUGUCCGGACACAUACAGCUCAUCAUUCCUGGGGAAUCUGCCUGUUUUGCGUGUGCCCCGCCGCUUGUGGUUGCGGCAAAUAUCGACGAGAAGACACUGAAACGGGAAGGCGUGUGUGCCGCCAGCCUCCCCACCACCAUGGGAGUGGUCGCCGGCAUCUUGGUCCAGAACGUGUUAAAGUUUCUGUUAAACUUCGGUACUGUUAGUUUUUAUCUUGGAUACAAUGCAAUGCAGGAUUUUUUUCCAACCAUGUCCAUGAAGCCAAAUCCUCAGUGUGAUGACAGGAAUUGCAGGAGACAGCAGGAAGAAUAUAAGAAAAAGGAGGCAGCACUGCCCAGACCGGAGACUGUUCCCGAGGUGGAGGAGAUAAUCCAUGAAGACAAUGAGUGGGGUAUUGAGUUGGUGUCUGAGGUUUCAGAAGAGGAACUGAAGAAUUCUUCAGGCCCAGUUCCCGAUUUACCUGAAGGAAUCACAGUGGCGUACACGAUUCCCAAAAAGGAAGAGUCUGGACCGGAGGUAGCAGUAGAAGACUCCGGUGAAAGCCUGGAAGACCUCAUGGCCAAGAUGAAGAAUAUGUAGAUCAUGGACUGAGCAAUGUUUGAUUUCCUAUGUCUACUUUAAGAAUUUAUUUUUUUCUCAUGCAAUUGAAAGGAACUAUUUUAAAAAGGACGAAAACCUAGGACGAUGUCAGCUGCUAUAUAAUGAUCCCAGAGUCUUACUCUGGGAAAAUACUGUCACCCUGUGUUGGCCGCUCCAGGGCCUUUAACUGAAACUCAUGUUUCAUUCUGGUAAGAAAGUGUCAGAGGAUUUCUGUAGACCAUUAUAAAUCUGAUGGGAGAUUUAUCAUUCCAAUGCUUUGGCCUUUGGGGAGGAGGGAGAGGGGCCAGUUGGCUGCAGCCUUAUUUUCUUUCUGCCUUUGUGGGCUCGAGCUCGGCCUUGGGCUGUAAAGUGGCGUGUGGUCUCAGAGGUCGGCAGAGGGACCAAGUCUCCUCUGUUGGUCUGGAAGUGCAUCAUCUGCUCACCUGUGCUCGGAUUUGCACUCUGCAGGAAAACCGCUUCCCACUCUUAGCCCGGGAAAUGCUGAAUUUGAUACAGUUAAUCUGCCAAAUGAAAUAACCUCUCAGAUGUUUCCUCAGAAAAUCUGUGCUGAGGUAAUAGUCACUGGAAAAGUUUGUAACCACGUGAAUUGUGUUUUCAGAUAUUUAUUUAAACUUGAUCUGUAACUGGGUAUUGUGUUGGAUAAUAAGGCAUGAGGGAGGCCGGAGGCCGCUCUGCAGUGGCCUCUGUGGUUUUCUCUGGAUUUGCUUAUAGAUAUCAUGAAGGCUUAGAAAGCCCCGAUAGAAAUAAAUCCCUAAUGGUUUGGAGACCAAAGGCUGUGUUGCCUGUAGACUGUUACUAGUCUGUCUUAUUUUUUGCUUUGUGAGCACUGAAUGUUUGACUUGUGCCUCUGAGCUAAGGGGCGGCAUUAUUGAAAAAAAAUAAGUGUACUUUCCACUGACAAAAUCAAAGUCCUAAAUACUGAUUUUAGAAAGCCCUCUGUAUCGGAUAUGUCCAAAAUACUCCUUGUGAGGUUCAGGGAUCAUGUUGUGAUGCUUGUGUUUACAGUGAGUCAGGAAAGCUGGCGGUGAGGCUUGUUUUUCUAACCUUGAAACCUAUUUAUGUUGCCUCGAUAGGUCACUCGCUGUUUUGGUUUUUUGGGUUUUGUUUAGUGUAUUCAUUUGUAAAGUGGUUUUUCUAGUUACUAGAGGUACUUUGAAUUAAAAAAAAAAUACCCCGUAAUUUUUCUAAAAUAAUCUCAUUCCAUUGGAUCCUCUGAUACACUGAUUUGGUCUAAGGAUUUGCUUCUAGUUGAAAAAUGUAUAUUGGGGCUGGAGUGACAGCACAGUGAGUAGGGCGUUUGCCUUACACGCGGCCAACCCAGGUUUGAUUCCCAGCAUCCCAUAUGGUCCCCUGAGCACCGCCAGGAGUAACCCCUGAGCAUUGCUGGGUGUGACCCAAGAAACAAAAAAAAAGAAAAAUGUAUUUUUAUAAAGUUUAAUGGCCCAAAUUUACAUCUUUUGCACUUUCCCCCAUUCUUGCUGCCUUACACUGUGGUGUCUCUGGUGACACUGAAUCUCACCUAAGUUCUUGAUCGAAUAUUACCCUUUUUAAAAAUAAUUGGAAAUGGAUUAUUUUACCAGAAAAAAAAGUGCUAGAUUUUGCAAACAUUUUAAAGUGUCCUCUCAGCUGUGCAAGCCAUGCACACUUACAAGGAGCUGAAUAUGAGAAUUUAAUUUGUCAUUAAAAAUUUACCACUGAAUUUUAUGUUAUUUAGUAAAAUAGUGUUCAGCUU